UUGCCAGAUUAUUGUGCUCUCUCCAGCUAAUUUCACGCUCUUGUCACUCCUGCUGCCGUCUUGUAACUAUAAAAAGGGAAUGAUUAAUGCCCAUCCAGCUGACUUGGUAGCAGAGGCGGACUGCGACAACUCAUGGGGCCCCCAGGCAAUAGGGGAUCAUGGGGCCCCUGUGUCCUUGCCCAAACUCAAAAAAGCCUAUGAAAAAGGUACCAGGGGCAUCUCAUGGGGCCCCCUACUGACCCCGGGCCCUCGGGCAGUGCCUGAGUUUCCAAAUGGUCAGUCUGCCCCUGCUUGGUAG